CAUAGCCUGACAGCCUAACAACUACUAGGUAGCACUGGAGGUACUAUUAGGUAUCCGUACAACAUUUAAACCCGAUAGCCCAUCUAUACGUACCUAGUAGCAGGUACUUCGGUACGAAUCUUAUCGACCGGAAAAUGCGGCUCAUCUACGAGCGCGAUGGCGAAAUGCUGGAAAUGAAAGAUGCAUUACAGAAGGAUCCGUUGGGAGUACGAGGUCUUUUGGUACAAGCGUGGCUGAUGUGCGAGAAGGCUUUGCCCGACUCAGCAGAUGUUCUGCAAGUAGAACGGUCCUUACAGGAUGCCCUCUCCCAAUUCAGGGGGGGCGACCACAUACCACGAUAUCUGCUCAAGGGGAAGAUCGAGCUUGGUAUCGGCGCCAACAAGGCUGAGCUGCUCCAGUCCUCCCUUCAUGUUGGUGGCCUGCAGGCUUUAAUUGCUGUAUUCUAUGGUACAGCCUACAACGUGACCAGCGGCCGUAGGGCAUUUACCUCUCUGUCCAAGAUAUCGGAAGAGUCAAGAGUCGACCUGUUCAAGAGGGUCAACUCACUUCCCAUAAACACCUCUGUCAUGGCGCUCGCGAAUUUUCUACUGGGUCAGUUGGGCCACGACAUAGUAGGCAUGGCUUGUCUAUUGUACUGCCUCGGUACGAAGGAGCUGCCCAGAUGGACACUCGAAGCUUGCCGGCGCCCCUCAAAGACGUGGGGAGCAGAUGGGGAAAUCUCCGAGCUUGCCCCUGCUCAAAUUACCCCGAUGCUGCAGGAUCAACACUACGAAGAUAUUUUAAACGAACUAGAAGCAGUAGGCCUCAUUAAAUUAACCAGGGAUCUCGUCCGCGUCGAUACCCAGUGGACAGCCUUACUAGACAAGCGACCCGAGGCCCUUGCCUGGAAAGUCCAAUCCGUACGGAUUCUGAGUCAUGUUUUCCCCAAGCACAGAGUCAUCGAUGCUGCCAUGUAUCGGCAAUGCAAGCAUCUUCUACCAAGUCUGGAGCACGCCUUUUCCUAUCUAGACGACUCGCAGGUUAUGACGCAUCUUGUGAGAGGCUCGGGCUUUUACAGUAUCAUGGAAACUUGCCUUGCGUCUUCUUACUUUAGGGAUAGACCCUGGAAAGAGAUAACUCUUGCAUGGGCCGAGUCCCUUCUGCGGGCAUCCCGAGUCGAGUCUGACGAAAGAGCGCUCUGGUCUGCAAGGUUGGCCGUACGCAAAAGGCAGGUAGUUAGGCUGUACUCUGCGAGUAACAUCUCCGCCCAACCGUCUACAUUCCCCCGCUUCGACCCACGAUCGAACGCUCUUGCAGCAGAUCUAGCUAUCGUAAAUGCCCAAGAAUUAAUUCGUCGAGAGGAUUUCGACGCGGCCGAAAAAGAACUGUCUUACUUCAACCCCUGUUUCGGUCGUAAGAUGUCCUCAUUUGAAGAAUCUCAACUGAUAAAGAUCAAUCGGACCUACGGGAUGCUACGUAGGUUUCAAGGCCGGUUCAACGAAGCCUAUGACAUUCUGAGUAGCCUCCCCCACGUGGACAGCCGCGUAAUAUCGCACUUUGCUGCUGUCUUGUCCGAACGAGGCGAAGAUGACAGGGCCAUUGCGAAGCUGGAGCGUUGGCUGCAACUUGGUGCGCAAUCCCCUAAAGCAGCAACACGGGUGCGGCACAUGUUGGCCCAGGUAAACCUUGUACGAACUAUGCGGGUGAUCCUGAAUGGCCAACCACCUAGUACAUCUUCACUUCGCAUCAUACGUAGCAUGUAUCAAGACCUGCGAGAGAGCCCCGAUUUGUUAUGGUGCGACCACAUCUGUACGUGGAUAGGAAUCGCCAUUUGCGACCAUCUUGGCGAUGAGAUUGAACAAGGCAUUCGGGCAUGGCAAGAAGUUCGCCGCCUCACCCGACAGCAAAACCUUCCAAUCGGACAUACCGAUGCCAUCGUAGCGUAUUCAUUAAGCGAGCUAGAGAGGAGACGUGGUGAGCAUGUAGAGUCAGAGAUAUAUGCAUUAAGGGCCAAUAGGCUCAUGGCAACACCCGGUCACAGUUUCAUCCUCGGCACGAACUUAUGGCUUACAAUCCUUUCCGACUUGUUCGGGAAGCAGGGCCAGUCACCAAUCACUACGGACCAUGUCUAGGCCUAUCCAGUCAUACCAUAGGCCAGGUAGAUCGGCUGUGUAAUGGUCAACUGGUUCAAGCCAAGUUCAUGGAAUAGUGUCUUACCAAGUUUUUUUCAGACAGGGCGUUUACACCUAGUCUAUAGACAUAGCAUCGAUAGAAGCUCCAAUACUUCCGCUUUACCAUAAGAGUAUUGAAGUCUUGUGAGGUGUGUGAUCUGAUUUAUUAGCUUUAGGUUUGUUCCCGUCCAUGCGACAAUUUAACCAUAGAACGAGGGUGUAGAAAAUCUACUUAGUAGAGACUAGAAAAUACUAUGUUUUACUUUGCC